UGAAGAACAAGCAAUGGACGCAAACAGGGCCGAGUAUGAGCAUUCAGGUCAGAAUUACGAUAACGCUCCUGAUACCGAGAUUGUUGGAAGUUUUAGUGGGGAGAAUGAUUUUGAUAGACUACUUGGAAUCGAUGAUAGUGGUGCGCAGGCAUCUACUUUUGAAGAUACGAUAUCUUCACAGG